CAGACUGCAGAACUACUAAGGACGGUCGUCAAAUGGCUAAACCGAUGCUAAAUUCGACACCGAAACUAAAGGAUUAUAUAUUUGCCGAGAAACUUGGCAGUGGGAGUUAUGCAACUGUUUAUAAAUCAUGUAGAAAGGUUUCAUCAACCAAAUGAAGUCACAAGGAUUUGGUCAACCCAGAGCCAAAGAAGACACUUGCCCAAGGUGUCAUGCUGUGGGAUUGAACCAUGAUCAUUGUUGGUCACCCCACAAAAAUCCCUACUGGGCCUCAUUGUAGAUUCACUUGUCAUAGGUUCACCAUCACUGUCCUAGAUACUCUGUCUGAAAAUAAGACUGGCGUUAGAGAAGUGGUGGCUAUUAAAUGUGUAUUGAAAAGUACACUAAACAAAAGAUCAACAGAGAAUUUACUCACCGAAAUUGAAUUAUUGAAAAAAUUAAAACAUGAACACAUUGUAGAGUUGAAAGACUUCUUGUGGGAUGAUAAAUUCAUUUAUCUCAUCAUGGAGUAUUGCAUUGGGGGAGAUUUAUCACACUUCUUGAGAAAGAAGAGAGCUUUACCAGAACUUGUUGUACGUCGGUUCCUGCAACAAAUAGCACUUGCCAUUCAUUUUUUAUGGAGUAAUAAUGUUGCUCACAUGGACCUAAAACCACAGAACAUACUCUUAACUUCCUCAGAGAACCCAAUACUAAAGAUUGCAGAUUUCGGAUUUGCUAAACAUAUGUUAGAAGGUACCGAAAUGCAUUCUUUGAGAGGUUCUUUGUUAUAUAUGGCACCAGAAAUCCUCUGCAAGCGGAAAUAUGACAGUCGAGUGGACCUGUGGUCUAUUGGCGUCAUUUUUUAUGAGUGCCUUUUUGGCCAAGCACCAUUUGCAUCCAGAAGUUUUACAGAACUGGAAGAAAAAAUCACUGAUAGCUGGCCCAUUGCGCUUCCAUAUGGAGUUGAAGUUUCUGACAAUUGUCGGGAUUUACUCCUCUCCUUGCUAAAAAGGGACCCAGACAAACGGAUCAAAUUCACUGAAUUCUUCUGCCAUCCAUUUAUUGAUCUGGUUCAUGCUCCAUCUUCAGAAUCUUUGGAAAAAGCUGCUAAAUGUAUCAGCACUGCUGUGACAGAAGAUAAAGCUGGUAAUGUUCCCACUGCUUUGGAACAUUAUAGUGAUGCACUGGAACAUUUUGUGGCAGCAGUCCACUAUGAAAGAGAUUUUACGAAGAAGAGAGCCCUACAAGCAAAGGUACAAACAUAUUUUAAUCGUGCAGAAGAGUUGAAGCAAACUUUGAAACCGAAAUCAUCACCUAAUCAGAAGACCCUCCAACGAAGUACCAGUUGCAGUGCUGCUGAGACAUCAUCACUAAAACCACUUGAUGAACUAAUGAUCCUUUGUACCAGUGAAAAAGACCUUUUAAAUUCCGUACAGCAACUUAAACAAGCAGACAAUGAGGUAAAGAGUGAAAAUUACAAGGCAGCUUUGAGUCUCUAUGAAGGAUCUUUGGAGGUUUUAUUGAAAAUGUUAAAAAGUGAACCAAAAGGCAAGAGAAAAGAAUUACUACACCAAGAGGCAUACAAAGCAUUGGAUAAAGCUGAAGAGAUCAAACGGUAUCAAUCUGUACCAAAGUUGACACAGAACGAUAUACCAACACUUGAUGAAGAAUCAGAAAUGACAAAUUUUAUCUGCUCAUGUCAGCAUGGGCCAUCUAUAUCUGUUGAGACUGACUCACAGAAAAGAUGACCCAAAAUGAAGAGAAGUGGCCAUAAAAUAUACUUCAAACUUAACCAACUUAUGUUGUUUGGAAAAACAGUCUUUAAAAUAUUGUAUAUAAAUAUAUGAGUGUUUAUGUGUGUGUGUGUCAUUGUCCACUCAUACACAAAAAUAUCUUGUAAAUAAAGCAUCGUAUAAUCAUUAAUAUCCUUUUAGAC